AUGACAAACUUGUCGGACGAUGCUUUUAACUGUGUUGACAGCAACAUUGUUUCCCUUGACUUACGUGGCAAUAUGUUCUCAGUUUUGCCGCGAGCACUAGCAAAGCUUGUCAACUUAACAUACUUAGAUAUUCAGAAUAACCCCUUAACGACUUUAGACUAUCAUGUUAUGAGUGUAAUUGGAAAGCACUUGAAAGAAUUUCAUGUCGAUUUACUUCAUUUCAACUCAUGGCCUCGUGAGUUCCGUUUGCUUAGAGCAAUUACAACUCUUGAGAUAUCCUUCAUACAAUAUCAUACACUGAGUACAGAUGCGUUCCACGGUAUGGAGUCUACUUUGGAUACUCUAAGAAUAGAGUUUCCUCACAUGGUGAACAUGCCAAUUGCCAUUUGUCAAUUACAGAACUUACAUUCUUUAAUGUUCAAAUAUAAUAACUUACAUAGCCCCAAUGCAACAAUGAUUAUCCAGUGUAACAGAAGUCUUAUUUUAGUUACAACACUUGAUCUUUCUUUCUCUAAUGUAAGGGAUUUUCCGGAUAUUUUUCAAACGUUUCCCGAACUAACAAGCUUAAGUCUAAAUCAUAAUGCUCUUCAAUAUAUCAAUAGUGACCUUGUACCAGCACAAAAUAAACUGCAGAAAUUAUAUCUUUCUUACAACAAUUUCAGUAGAAUACCAGAUGCUUUCAAUAAGUUCCAUUUGUUAACAGAACUUGAAAUGCAAAAUAAUCACAUCGAUGCAAUUUACGAUACAGACUUUCAUAACCUAAAGGCAUUAACUACUCUUUACUUAAAUGACAAUGGUCUACAGUUUAUUUCCUCGCAUGCCUUUAAAUAUAAUCCUAAAUUGAAUGAUUUGAAACUGAACAACAACCGUCUCCGUACGGUAUCUAGUUCCAUCACGACCUUGCACUCACUCAGGUAUUUGUACCUCCAGAACAAUCAAAUCGAUUGUACAUGUGACUUGUCCUCCUUGCAGUCCUGGAAUGUCAGCAGUAUAUACUUUAUAUAUGGAAAUUGUGGUUCAAGUUCUGAAUCCUUAAAGCAUUAUGUCAUGAAUGUGCUUCCUGGUUGCCAAUAG